AUGACUACCAUGCGUAGUCGGUUAAUAAGAACUACUUUAGGCUUUGUUGAAUUCUGGAAAGCCGUUUCCCACUUUUUGAAAUCUUGCCAAGUUUGUGCCAAGACCGCCAUGAAUCUCCAAUCUAUUCCAAACUUUUGGAUAUCUCCCCCUACAUCCCCUUUGAAUCUGCCCUUCGAGCAAACUGGAAAGCCAAUCCCUGAGCACCCGACAAGCUUGUGGAAAUCAAUCGUAAAGGUGCUACCUGAGGUGUAUGAAAAUUCAAAAUGGAAGUUCAAAGAUGGGUCAGCUUCAUUUUUGUAUGAUCGCUGGUUAGCUAGUGGCCCAUUAAAUGAGCAGGCCUUGGAGGUAACCAACCCAAGAAUGAAGGUUAGAGACUGCUGGAUUGAAGAUGGUUGGGAUCUCGCCCAUCUUCAAGAGCUAGUGGGGGAGGUAAAGGCAGAGGAAAUUGUACUAACCAUUGGUGCCAGAAAAGAAGGAAGUGAUAUUAUCAUAUGGAAGCUGAACGAUAAUGGAGAUUUCUCCACUUCAAGCGCCUGGGAUAUUGUAAGGGGACAAGUGGAAACAUUUGAUUAUGUACUUAACUCUGGGGAUAUUGCUACGACAGUUUGGAAGUGGGCAUCUUUAGCCUUGGGUGUGCACUAUAUGGGGCCACAAUCUUGGUGGACAAGAGUCAAUAGAUGGUUCACACGCGCAAAAAAUGCCUCACAACGUGGAAUUCUAAUUGGGCUAUUACCAAGCUUGAUAACAUGGAAACUAUGGGGACGGCGAUGUAAGGCACAUAUGGAAGAGAUUCGAGAAUCUACAGAGGAGGUAUGGCUUAAAAUAAAGGUUUGGUUGCGCCUCUUAGCUGAAGAAAUUGUCAAAGUCUCAAAACUAAGUAAAAUAGACAAUGAACUCCUCAAAGCCUUUGAGGUGCCUAUGAGUUCAAAGACGAGUAAACCAACCCUCUUUGUUUCUUGGAGGAAACCUGCUGAUGGUUGGGUAAAACUAAAUAUUGAUGGGAGUAGUCUUGGUAAUCCGGGACCUUGUGGAGGUGGGGAAGUUAUCAGGGAUCAUCACGGUAAUAUGAUUGCUGGCUUCUCUGCCCCAUACGGAUUUGGAAGUAGCAAUGAAGCGGAGUUGCGUGCUAUGAUAAAUGGUGUAGAGCUAUGUAAAGAGAUGGGCUUCCAACAGGUGGAAAUUGAGUGUGACUCAGCUGUUGUGGUAAACUGGUUAACAAACCGUUCAUGUAGGAUUUGGUAUUUGUGGGAUUAUUGGGAGGAGUUACUAAAAUUACUUGAUGGAAUCAGUUUUACCAUUUCUCACCAAAAUAGAGAAGCAAAUAGAGCCGCAGACUUUCUAGCUAGACAAGGGGCGGAUGGUAUCACGAUGAGUUACAUGCACAUUGAUCAAAUACCAAAUUUGUUAAGAGGUAUUAUUCGUACGGAGAAACUUGGUUUUCCAAAUAUUAGGCAAUAA